AUGGCUUCUGAACAGAAUAAGGCGCUCAAGUUCUGUACGGUAUGUGCCUCCAACAACAAUCGGUCUAUGGAGUCUCACAGGAUUCUUGAAGAAGCCGGUUAUGACGUUUCUUCGUACGGUACUGGCUCGGCUGUGAGGCUACCGGGCCUAUCAGAGGACAAACCCAACGUUUAUGCCUUCGGGACGCCCUACAAUGAUAUAUACAACGAUCUACGUUCGCAAUCAGUAGAACGCUACAAGUCUAAUGGUCUACUGGAAAUGCUGGAUCGGAAUCGGAAACUCAAACGGGCACCCGAAAAAUGGCAAGAAAGCUUCAAAGUAUUCGAUUUCGUUAUCACCUGCGAGGAACGUUGCUUCGACGCUGUGUGUGAGGAUCUCAUGAGCCGUGGCGGACCGUUAAACAAAAUAGUGCACGUUUUUAACGUCAAUAUUCGAGAUGACAAUGAAAACGCCAAAAUUGGCGGCAAAGCCAUUCUAACGCUUGCAAAUAUGUUGUCACAAACGGUGACUGAUUGCGAGAAAAAUGGCGAACCAUUCGAGGACUGCGUAAUGAAAAUACUCACCCAGUGGCAAGAGAUUUAUUCUAAUCUGCCUCUUCUGUACUCACCUGCAUAUUACUAA